UUGAACAAACCUGGGAAGAGAAGAGAAAUUGGAAUGAACAGGAAGUAAGCAACAAUGCAAUGGAUAAAGAUAAUUAUUCUAAUGAAUAUUCAGUAUAUAAAGGGCAGAAUGGACAUUUUAUUGCAAAUGAAAAUAUUUCUAAUGAAACCUUGGAGCUGUACAAAGUGAAGUAUAACCCUUAUCCUGCUGGUCAUCCAUCUAAAAUGGCUUUUAACCCAGACGAAGCAAAAGGUUUAGACAACACCUUUGAACAAAUGCAGAGCAAGUUCUUGGAUAGUGGAGAAGCUUCUACAGAGGCACAUCAGUUUGCACAGUUACAGAUACUUUACAAUGCACGGGGAAGGCAAUUAGAGGAAAUGCAGCACAAACAGGAAGAGUUUGCCCGUGAGAUCAGAUAUUUGAACCACCAGCUUGCAAUGACAAAAGGAGAAAAAGAUGGUGUGGUUAUUAGUUGUCAGGAGUUGCAGAAGUUACUUCAAGACGCAAAAGAACGUGAAGUUCAGCUGGAAGGCCAAAUUAAAGCAUUGGAAUCCAGAGUUCAAGACUUGAGUGCCAGUGAGGAAGAGGCGUUGAAGAACCAGAAGAUUGCUGAAGCAGCCAUGGAAAGUAUGCAACUACAGCUGUCUGAGCUGUGUCGCUCAGAAUCUCUCAGUCGUGCCAAAGAGCAGCAUGAAGCUGUCAUUUGUGCUCUUAAACAGAAACAUGAGGAAUCAAGCUUGGUCAUGCAGCAGACACUUGAUGCAACAAGCAUUGCAUUGGAAGAGCAGCAAGAGAUUUGUAAGCAACUUCAGAAACAAGUUAAACAGUUGGAAAGGCAACAAGAAGAAGCUAAGUUGGAGAAGGCAGAAAUAAUUAAUGAACUGACUAGAAGUUUAGGAGCAAGUCAACAGCAGUGCAGAGAUUUAUUGCAAACAGGUUCAGUGCAGGAGAUCACUCAGCUUCGGAUUCAAGUUCAGCAAGUUCAGUCUGCCAAGAACAUCAGUGAUAGCAUGAACAAGGCUUUACAGGAAGAACUGGCUGACUUGAAGGAACAGAUUACUUUUUAUGAAUCCGCUGUGAAGAUUAAUGUUCUUACUAAAGACAUGGUAGAAGAAUUAGAACUUCCGUUAUCAGAUUCCUACAUGGAUCUUGGUAUUAAGAAUGGGAAAUGGAAAGCUCCCAGGUUCCAAAGCUCCAUACAGCAAGAUGGCUCAGCUAAGAUGUCUAAGGAUGAGAUAAUAAUGGAACUGAAGUCUGAACUGGAGCGAUCGCUCAGCAGCCUCAGAACAAAACGUCAUCAAGUGACUCAGCUUCAGCAUGAAAGUAAAGAAAGUCAAAAGCAAAUAACUGAGAUUAAGGAGCAGUUACAAAAUGCUGAAAAAAUGGCAAGAAGCCAUGAGGUCCGAGCCAGCACUUUGGAAAAGCAGCUAGAAGCGGUAGGAUCCUGCUCAUCCACCUUUGGAAAGGCUCUUCAAGAAGAAGUUGAAAAGUUGCGAUGUGAGACCCAGGCUCUACGCAAAGAAACUGAGGAUAAACAGCAGCAGAUUGAAAAACUAAUUCAUAGUGAGAAGCAAUUUAAAGAAGCAAACCAGGAGUUGUACAAUGAGAUGCGGCAGAUGAUUCAAGACUUUGACAAGGAUAAGCAAGAGGCACUUGACAGAUGUGAGCGAAUUCAUCAGCAACAUCAUGAGGAUUCCAAAUGUCGACUUCAGCAGGAGUUGCAGGAACAGCAUGAAUUGGAGAAAACACAGCUGACUCAGUUCUAUAAACAGCAGAUCAUGCAAGUAAAUAAUCACCUGGAACAACUGAACAAUGAGAUGUCUGGAGUGCAGGAGUGCUACAUUACCAUCUGUAAAGAAAAGGACUCCUUGGAAAGCAAAUUAAGGGAAGAAAUGUCCCUCAAGCUGAUAACAACUGAACAGGAAAUGAAAAAGGCCUUUUCUGAAGAAAUGAAAGAGCGUUUGAGAGAGCUUCAGGUUGAACUGGAAGAAAAGCAUGAAACUCUGAUGGUAGCUGCAAAAAACCAAUGGAUGGUGGAAAAAGAAACUGAUAUUGAGCAACAAGUUGAGAAGCGUGUUGCGUUGGCCAAAACACAUUGGCAAGAGGAACAACAAAAGCUCAAAGACCAAGAAAUGCAUGACAUUGAAACAAAAUGGCAACUUCGUCUCCAUGACACUGUAGAAGCAAUUAAACAAAAGACUUCACCUAAGGUGAACCAAAUUUGUCAAACUGAAGAGUACACUGGUACCAAAGUUUAUACUUGCCAAGAAUUAGAAUCUCCGCUUGCUGGUUUAAAAAUGACAUUGGAGCAUCAAGUUGGGGAGGCUUUAGAUCAACUUGAACAACAGAAAAACCAUGAAGAUAAUGUGGCCAAACUGGACAAAUUUGAUUUACAAAAUGCGUUACGUGACUGUGAAAGACAACAUGAAGAAUACAAAGCUGCAAAGGAAACACAGCUUAGAAAACUUGAAUCAUCUGAACUUCAACUUAAACAUGAACUUGAAUGUUUACAGCAUAAGCUGAAAGAUUUUGCACAACAAAAUGAAGCUAAAUAUGACCUAGUUUCUGGAAAUGAAAGCUUAAGCCUGGGAUACCACCCAUGCAAUGAACAAUGCAGAGAGCAUGCACAGAAAUUACAACAGGAAUGUCAACAGCUGAAGAAAAAGCUGGAGAAAAUAUGUAGGCAGCUUCAACAAACUGUUCAUGAACAUAAUAUUGAAGUACAACAUCUCAAAGAGGAGCAUGAAAGAACCGUAAAUAUUUUGCAAAAUGAGAAAGACUAUCUCAUAAGAAGACUUAAAGAAAGUGAAUCAACUGGCAGUAAAACAAAUUCUUGUUUACAGGAAAAUUGGAACUCUGAGAAUUCGUGCAAGUUGAUCCCUGCAAAAGGGUUAGAAGAAAUCCGGCAUCAGUAUUUGAGGGCUGUAAACAAAAUCAGAGGAGACAUGAUGCAUUAUAUUCAAGAGAGCAAGAAGCGAGCAGCUGAAAUGAUUCGUGCAGAAGUAUUGAAGGAACGUCAACAAACCGCACGAAAAAUGCGAAAAUAUUACUUGACUUGCCUCCACCAACUCCUAGUAGACGGUGGGAAGAAUGAUGGUGCUGAAAAGAGGAUCAUGAAUGCUGCUAGCAAGUUGGCUGCAAUGGCCAAAGCUUUAGAAACUCCUCUUCCAAGUCGAAAGCGUGAUAAAGUUGAAACCCUUACAGCCCAUCCAAAUAUGAAAAGUUCAAGACAACCUCCAGUCAUUUCUGAGAAUGAUGAAGAGACCAGCGGAUCUGUUCACGUGCAGAUAAACCAUGUUGGGAAACCAUCUUCCAAUGAAGACCAGGUCAUAAAAUUCAAAAAGCACACAACAGGCACAGUAUUUGUUCCACAAAAUUUGAACAGUAAUUUAUAUGGUACAACUGCAGAGAAUGGCAUUUCAGAUGAAGAAUUAUCUACAAAUUAUAAACAAAUUAACAUUCACAAGAUUGAAGAAACGGCUGAUAUUUUACAAAAGGAGACUACCUUGUUUUUUGAGACAAAAGAUGGUCAUCAGCUGAAUGAUGCAGUAUCAAAAUCAGAGCUUCUCAGAACUGCAAAUCUUGCACAUUUUCAGAAUUCAGCCAAAUACCUUUCCCCAGUGUGUUUUGGCAAAGCCCCCACAUUGAAUUCUAUUGAUAGUCAUAAGGACAGAACAUCUCUGCAAGUGGCAUGCGAUCAGGAUUGUGUCUUGCCUUCAAAAGGUAUACAUAAUUCAGAAGGAUAUGUCUGCUCCAAACCUAUGACCACAGCAUCAAAUAAUGUGCAAGAAACCCCCGAAAGAGAUGAAGGUGAUUUUGUUUCUAGUCUUGAAGCUAUCAGGCCUUGUCAAAUGGACACUUUCAAUUUUAGGCAAGCUGGAGGAAAAGUAUGCCACCAGUCCAGUAGCACUUCCAAGCCACUGUCAUCUACAAACUUGCCACAUAAAGCAGAUUUAAUGACAAAUGGUGCUACACAAAUGUCACCUUCCAUUUCCUCAGUAACUUCUGAAAUUAGCUCUCUUUCUGAUGGAGAGCAUGCAUGCUUUUCAAGUAAAACAAUUCCAUUCAUGUCGAGGAUAGACACAGAACAAAUAGAAAAUGUUGCAGAAAGCAGAAUUUCUGUUAUUAACAGGGACCAGUUGAGUACAAGGACAAAGCCACCUAAGUACAUUAAGUGCACUGAGCCUGAGCAGGAACUAGCACUGAAUGGCUGGACAGCAAAGGUGAGCGAACUUUCCCAUCAGAAGUGUCUGUCACGUUUGAUCCCCAAUGUGGACGCUAUUCAGCAGGACAGUGGAUUUGACAGUCCAUUUCUUAACUUUCAUUAGUCAAAAAGUGCAAUGUUAGAAACAAAUCCUUCAUUUUUAAGAUGUCUUUAUGCCACUGAAUUAAUUGUGCAAGUUUAUUUAAUUUAUCUAUCACUCGUCUUAAUUUUGCAUAAAUUAUGCUGAUGUAAGAGGUUUGUAAUUUUUAAAAAUGCACAUAUUUAUGUUUAUAAAAUCUACUUUUGUAUCUCAAACUGAUUUGUUUCCCUGUUUGGUUUGUAUAUUCAGAUGUUCUUGGGGAUAAAAUUUUUAUUUUAUGAUACAAUGCUAAUAAAAUGUUC